AUUCUCGUGAAAGUUUUUGUGAAAGUCCUUGUGACGCUUGUAGAGCUUGUGAAAGUUCUUGCGAAAGUUCUUGUGGAAGUUCUUGUGAAAAUUUUCAUGGAAAGUCUUGUAAAGGACCUUGUGGAAUUUCUU